AUGAAGUAUCUAUAUUAUACAGUGGUCAACGUCUCAUCUCCCACUAAAGCAUUGCUAGUACUAGAUGAGGAAGGGAAACUUUACUACGCGUCCCUUGGAUCAAACUCAGAUCUUUUACGCAAGAUUUUAGUGAAAGAUUUUCAACCUAUCAAGACCCAUAAGUUGAAAUCUUUGUCUACCAUAGGCAAAAGCGAUCAAAUACAGCUGACAAUUGCCAAGUAUAUUGAUAUUUAUAAUGAUCCAUACCUGACAAAUGAUGUUAUACCCAUAGAAAUUAUAUUUGGAACGCUGCUACAGAGGAAGGUAUGGGAUAAAUUAUUAACCAUUCCUCUUGGAAAAACUAUGAAUUAUUCCAGUUUGGCAGAAUCUUUGAAUAUACCUAAAUCAAGAAGGUAG